AUGUCGCAGGCAGAUGUGACUCGCGCCGAGUCCAUCGAUGAACAGGAGCGCGCCCGCGCUGCCGAAGCCGACAAGAAGCCCAAGUCUCGGAGACCAGCCAACACCGCUUUUCGACAGCAGCGAUUGAAGGCCUGGCAACCGAUUUUGACCCCUAAAAGCGUUCUGCCUUUGUUCUUCAUUGUGGGCGUUCUUUUUGCCCCCAUUGGAGGUGUCUUGAUUUGGGCAAGCUCCCAAGUCCAAGAGCUAGUCAUCGAUUAUACCGACUGCGCCAAGAAUGCACCCACCGAGACAUGGGAAGGAAUCCCGGCCCAAGUGUCGGCUACUUUCUCAUCUAAAAACCAAGUACACACACCCUCAUGGAGACGAUAUAACGAGUCCGGCGACACCAUCUGCUCUCUUCAGUUUGAACUCCCGAACACGAUCGGACCACCGGUGUUCCUCUACUAUCGCCUCACCAAUUUCUACCAAAACCACCGCCGAUAUGUUCAGUCCCUUAACUUAGAGCAGUUGAAGGGUACUGCUGUUAAAAACAAUUCGGUCACGGGUGGCACGUGUUCUCCUUUGGCCUACUCCGAAGAGCACCAAAAGGCCAUUUAUCCUUGUGGUUUGAUCGCAAACUCCAUGUUCAAUGACAGUAUUCCCAAUCCCCAAUUCCUCUCAGCUGACGCUGGUCCGGAAGGGGUAACAUAUAACAUGACGAACAAAGGGAUUGCGUGGUCAAGUGACAAGAAUUUGAUCAAGAAGACAGCAUACAGCCAAUACGAUGUAGUACCCCCACCUAACUGGGUGCGUUACAACUACUCAGAAAACGGUAUUCCGGAUCUGCACGAAAACGAGGAGUUCAUGGUUUGGAUGCGUACUGCUGGACUGCCAUCCUUCAGCAAGUUGGCCCGCCGAAAUGACGACGAACCCAUGGCCAAGGGUACCUACCAGCUCAAUAUCACUGAUUUCUUCGAUGUUUCCCAAUUCUCUGGAACAAAGGCGAUUCUCAUCUCGACCCGCACCGUUGUUGGCGGGAAAAACCCCUUCAUGGGAAUUGCUUAUGUCGUUGUAGGAGGUGUUUGCGUGCUCCUAGGGGCUUUAUUCACCAUUGCCUACUUAGUACGGCCCAGAAAACUGGGUGAUCACACCUAUUUGACCUGGGAUUCUACCAACCAGCCUACUACAGCAAUGGCUACAGGGCGAGAUGAUCGGAUGCGACCCAGCGCUCCCUAG